AUGGGGAGCAGAGGAUGGACGCUUUCCACCUUCGUGGGAUGCUGCAUAUGGAUCCUACACGCUGCAGCUGUGCCCCUGUAUGGGUACGGAGCGAGGGAGAAUGAUCAAGAGUACGUGGAGAGGAGGGUGGAUUUUCAUUCUCCCCUUUUCAAGCCUGAGACUGGAUUCCCCUUGGGGAAAACCCUGCGCGACUCUCUCUACUUUACAGACAAUGGACAAAUCAUUUUCCCGGCCUCAGACAACAACAUCCUCACAUACCCCAAUCCUCCUCCCAAUGGCUUCAAUGGCCAUGAGGAGGUUCCCAUGAUUGCUGUGUUUUGGGACGAUGCUGAUUUCUCCAGAGGUGUUGGAACAACGUUUUACCAGGAGUUCCUCACCCUUAACACAGUCAAGCCUCCAUUUGUCCGUGAUGUGGAAGAGAAGGUUCGGCGGUACCUGAGGUCUUCCUACUCCGCAGCCUGGACCCUGAAGAUUACCUGGGAGAAAGCACCUGCCCACACAGCAAGGACAGACACCCGCAGGACGGUCACAUACCAGGCCAUCCUGACCACUGAUGGCUUCAGGUCCUACAUCCUGAUGCUGUACCAGGACGGAGGCAUGCAAUGGGAUUACACCAAGCUUGCUGCCACCAAUGUGCUCAUCGGCUACACCAGUGGGGAUGGCUUUUACCGCAAUGAUGACCUGAGUAAGAGACCUCCAGCAGUUAAAUAUCGCCCUGAUCAGUUCAGGGGCUACAACACAGACCUCCGUGGGCUGUGGAUUUACAAGCUGGAGAGCCGCGUGGGUGUCAACUACAGGCUGAAGUGCCUGGCAUGGACAGGGCGGCAGCAGGAGCCACAGAUGUGGAGCCAGGGCCUGCCUGCCUGCCCCUGCUCCCUGCAGCAAGGGCAGCAGGACCCACGCUUCAAGAGCAGCCGCAGAGGCUGGUGGGCUGCCCGCCUCUCCAUGCUGCAUUCAGCUGCCCCCAACCAGCAUGGUGCCAGCGUCCGCUGCCUGUACGACAGCCAGGGUCAGCUCAUCGAGGGACGGCAGGAGAGGUACUGGAGGUCCUCCAGGCAGGCCUCCCCUUACCGUGGUAAGUUCAGCUAGCCCUGGCAUUCCCCAGCUGAGGCUGGCAUCACUGUGGCCUGUAAAUAACUUUGAUCUCCGUGCCAACCUUUUUCCUGACAUGAUGCUGGGCCUUGGAAAGAACAUGGACUUGCCAAAAGCUGAGGCAAGCACCUUGCCUGCCUGGAGCAAGCCCUUCUCCCUGUCUUCUUCUCUUCAGCUGCUUACUCUCCCUUUUACCUCCAGAUCAGGAGCUGAAGUUGUAUGACUGGUGCUGUAACCAGGCGGGCAGUGCUCACCUCUGUGCCCGCUACAGCGAGAAGAGGCCAAAGAUUGGCUGUGAUGGAUACCAAUCACCUG